AUGAAGCUGUACUUCAAGAUCAAGCCCCUUCUGAAGAGUGCAGAUAGUGAAAAGGAGGUGGAGAAGAUGGAGGACUUCAUCACAUGUAAGGAGGACCUGGCAAAGGCAGAGGCCAAGAGAAAGGAACUGGAGGAGAAGAUGGUUUUUCUGUUCGCGGAGAAACAAAACCUCAUGUCACAAGUUCAAUCUAAGCCAGCGGCCACCAGCCCUGCACCGGGGGAUGAGACUAAGAGUGUCCCUCUUCCCCAAGGUUGGAGAUGUUACAUGUCACCCGAGGGAUGCAGGUACUACGUCAACACUGGCAGCAAAGAAACAACAUGGGAACGGCCCUCCGCUACUUAUGGAACCCCAGUGAGACCACCGGCACAAAGGAACUCCUUACCCCCUGUAGUCAAUGGAACACCUUACACCACAGGAAGUGCUAUGCAUCCCACGGACCCCCCUGGCAUGCCCCUACGGAGAGCCACUAUGGACAAACAGAACCCGGGGAACAAUUCACCAGUCAAGAGGCAAAACAAGGAGAUCAAGGAGACCAAGAUAACAAUCAACUGCGUCACCUUCCCGCUGCCCAGUGUGACGCCAGAUCAGCCAGAGCAGCAGCUACUGAAGCCCAAUGAGUGGAGCUACUGUGACUACUUCUGGACUGACAAGAAGGACCCCCAGGGGACCCCCUCUGUGGGCGGCUUUGAGGUGCUGCUGCAGAAACAGCUCAAGGGCAAACAGAUGCAGAAAGAGAUGGCUGAGUUUGUCCGGGAGAGGAUAAAGAUUGAAGAUGAAUACUCUAAGAACCUCUCCAAGCUCUCCCAGAGCCCCUUGGCUGCUCAGGAGGAAGGAACCCUUGGGGAAGCUUGGGCCCAGCUGAAGAGGAGUUGUCAUGACGAGGCUGAAGUCCACCUCAAGUUCUCCAACAAGCUCCAGUGUGAGGUAGAGAAGCCCCUGCUGACGUUCAGAGACAACUUCAAGAAGGAGUUGAAGAAGUACGAUCACCACAUCAUAGACCUCAGGAAGCAGCUGGCCAGCCGCUAUGCAGGCGUGGAGAAGGCCCGUAAAGCCCUGGCAGACCGGCAGAAAGAUCUGGAGGUGAAGACUCAGCAGCUGGACAUCAAGCACAUGAACAAACACGAGGAAGACAUCAAGAAGGCCCGGCGGAAAUCCACACAAGCAGGUGAUGACCUCAUGCACAAUGUGGACCUGUACAACCGGGCCCAGUCCAAGUGGUUUGAGGAGAUGGUCACCACAAGCCUGGAGCUGGAGAGACUUGAGGUUGAGAGGGUGGAGAUGAUACGACAACAUUUACGCCAGUACACAACGCUGCGACAUGAAACUGACAUGUUCAACCAAAGUACGGUGGAGCCAGUGGAUCAGCUGCUUCAGAAUGUGGACCCAGCCAAAGACCGAGAGCUGUGGGUGCAGGAGCACAAGACCGGGGAGCUCCGCCCUGUGGACAUGGACAUAUAG